ACGAAUGACUAGAAAAAUAUCCUGAAAAUAAAACUGUGAACACCUAAAAAUAAAGUUGACAUAUUGGCCAAUGAAAUUCUCAAAGACAUUUCUCCAACGCAAUAAAUCAGUAGCCUCAUAAUGUCAACAGCAACCAAUAGAAACAUUGCCUUUUCUGGUGUUUUCUCAUAACAUUGCUGGCUGAGAGCGAGGUGAGUAGAUUACAGAGGAGUUGUAGACAGUUCAGAUCAGUUUUAGACCUUUUAUAUUUCAGCCGACGGUAUAACAGUUUCAGUUUAAACCGCUUUAACACGGAAAGAUAUAAGUUGCAUCAGACAUGAUGAAACUAUUGACCUUGGUUUGUCUCCUUGCUCUUCAUAUGGAGCCUUGCAAGUCAGAUUUUACAUGCAUUUCCCACCAGGAUCCAACAAUCGCUUGAAUGACGCGGGUGAAAAUGUUGCAAACAAUGCCAGACUCUCUGAUUCACAGAACAACGACAAGUGCGGAUACAAUGUGGGUGACAAAUAUGAUGAUAACCCGAGAGACAAUAUCCCUGAGAACAGACAAGAACCAAUGAUAUGUGUAUUAUGUCUAAAGUGCUGAAAGAUUAAACUGACUGCCCCUUAGACAACCAAGGUGUUGUUGCUGAAAAAUGUGUGGCCAAAUACAUCACCAGGGACAGGUGUAUAGCGGCUAAAGGACCUUGGCAGGGUUCAUCACAAAUUACUUGGAGAGGACUGCUGGAGUAUUGAGCACUUGUAAAGAUGUGGGUGACAUGAAGCUGGCAAAAGGCGUGCCCUACGAGGCACAUAAGAUAUCACAAGGAUGUGAUAACAAAAAACAGUAUGUAUUCUUGAAAGACCUCCUGAGGUCCCUGAUCUACGUUCCAUCUACCGUCGUCAACCACAACGGAAGGCAAUUUUUCCGCUUACAAAUGGAAAGUCCCUUGCUUUCCAUCUAACACAACACAGCGUUGUGUUAUACGGAUAAGACCUCCUCAAGUGAUCUACGCUCCAUCCACCGUCGUCAACCACAAUGGAAUCAACAUGGAAGGCAAUUAUCACCAAAUGUUAAAUAGAUGAGUUCCUAGCAGUACUACACAAGGCAUAGUACUCUUCCUUGGGGGAUACCAAUCUAUCAAAUGUCACUCCCUUCCCAGUAGUUCUUCUUGUACUCUUUCAUAUCACUGGCUGGAUAGAUGCAUUGUAGAACUCAAGCCGAGUGUCCUCCUGCCCAGGAAUAAAACGCACUGAACCUUAAAGGCUUAAACUCGGUAUUUUUUAGCUGAUGUUCAGCCUGGGAACCAUUUGGCUACUGAAUCGCGAAUCGCCGAGCUCCAUAAAGUCAAAAGAAAACCGACACUUUUCUACCCUUCAUCAAAUUAAACUUGCACACGGAAGACAAGCCGCUAUCGAGAAAAGGGCGAAAAUCAGCUACUUCGUGCGCCACAUAGGACAUCGAGUUACACCAGACAUAAUGAAGCUAUUGAUCUUGGUUUGUCUCCUUGCCCUUCAUACGAAGCCUUGCAAGUCAGAUUUAUACAUGCAUUUCCCGCCAGGAUCCAAUAAUCGCUUGAAUGGCGCGGGUGAAAACGUUGCAAACAAUGCCAGACUCUUUGAUUCACAGAACAACGACAAGUGCGGAUACAAUGUGGGUGACAAAUAUGAUGAUAACCCCGGAGAUAAUAUCAACGAGAAAAGACAAGAACCAAUGGAAUUUUACAUGAGCGGAUGCUCCUCUCAUGCAAAAACUGAAGUGGAUAUCAUGUGGACAAAUCAGCAUGGAACAGGACCAAAGACUGACGACAGGGUGGAAACACAAGUCAUCUUACAGUACAUGUGCCAGCCGUUCCCGGGGGGCGAGAUGCCCACUGGUGAUGUGGAUGCCGACUACGAAUAUCACACCAUUCGAAAUGGUCAAACAUCCACGUCUAACACAUUUGCUGAUCAGACUCAAGAGUCAAAUCAAAUUUCGAAACAUAACGGACUUCAUGAGCCGUACAACUAUUAUCAGGCCUACUAUCGCAGAUAUAGAAAUAAAGGUUUGUUCACCGCUGACCAGCAGCUUGCUGGCGAUUUACCUAUUUACACGCGGCAGAAUAGUCAAGGUACCAUAAGGGGAAUGGAGGUCCCUGAAGAACGCGAUUACUAUCCAUACUGGGGACCCACACCAUGGAAGGAUAUUGCUAUCCUUGUCAGCGAUGGAAAGACUGAGGAGCUGAUGAAGAGAUAUGUUAAUAGUUCCAAUUAUGGGCUCAAAUAUAUGUGCAUUAUGCCAAAAGGGCUAAAAGAUCAAACUGACUGCCCCCCAGACAACCAAGGUGUUGUAGCUGAAAAAUGUGUGGCCAAAUACAUCACCAGGGACAGGUGUAUAGCGGCCAAAGGAACUUGGACAGGGUUCAUCACAAAUUACUUGGAGAGGACUGCCGGAGUAUUGAGCACUUGUAAAGGUGUGGGUGACAUGAAGCUGGCAAAAGGCGUGCCCUACGAAGCACACAAGAUAUCACAAGGAUGUGAUAACAAGAAACAGUUUGUUCUUCUCGAGAGACCUCCUGAAGUGAUCUACGCCCCAUCUACCGCCGUCAACCACAAUGGAAUCAACAUGGAAGGCAAAUUUUCCUCUUACAAAUGGAAGGUCCCUUGCUUCCCAUCCAACACAACACAGCGUUGUGUUAUACGGUUAAGAUACAACAUCACCACUGAUGACGUACCAAGGGAAUUCAAUGCUUCUCAUAAUUACAAACUCGAAAAUAACCCGAAAACAAAAUCCGUUGAUAAAACAGAGCUACAACUGGCCUUGAAUACCGCACAAGUCGGGAGAACCUUCCAAGACAGAAGUCAUGUGAUCCUCCUUAAACCGCGAAACAUAAUGCAACCGGAACAUCAGAAUCGCACCAUUCGUUACAUCGGGGGGAUUGGAAAAAGAGGAAACAUUGUACAGACCUAUCCUGCCAUGGAAUAUCGUUUUUUUCCUGAACGCAUCACUGUCACAACAGAGGAAAUUGUGUGUUUCGUCUGGUCUGGUUCUAACAACAAUCCUCAGCACUAUGAUGGACAAGGAACAGCUGGAACGGAUCGCACAAACGUGUGUUGGAUUAAGGAAGGGUGCAAAACUCUGGCGCCGAAAUCUUGUUCCAGGCUCCCCUUUGACGUCGUUGAAUACGUUGAAAGAUUUGACAGCUACACUUUGAAUCUUCACCUCAACAGGGGGUGUUUAGCCCGUGACAAACCACUGGAUUCUCAACUCAAUAAUGCCCCAGCCUCCUGCAACCCACCGUGCUUCCGCAUUACGAAGCCUGGGGAUUACUGUUACAUGGGUACGCGCAAUAACAAUUUCUCCAAUCGACGUCACAUUGGUCAGAUUACUGUCAUCAAACCUGCAAAGUGAUAUAACAUUACAUGCUAUAGCUAAAUUCAGGAUCAUUACUCGAUGGUGUAGGUUUUUCAAUGUUGAGAAUUUCGUGGCAAAAAAUAAAACGCGGAAAUAAGGGCAUUUAUGUUUAGUUCACGGUUGUACUUCAUUUUUACGAAAG